GUAGAGCAACCGUUUCACUAUCUUGGUAUAUUAUACAUUAGUGACAUUCCUAUUUAUUCGAAAGUAGAGCUAUUAGACUUUGGAGUGUACAAAGGCAAAUUAUUAAUGAUGGAUGUGAAAAAAAUUCAUGAAUUUAUGGAAUUAGUUGGACGUCUGAAGCACAUGAAAAGAACUGGAUGGGUGUUAAGAAAAAUUCCUGAUCCUGAAACAAUAGCAGGACAUAUGUACAGGAUGGCUAUUCUUUCUUUAUUAGCAGAUAGUGAAGAUAAUUUAGAUAAAAAUAAAAUUAUGCAAAUGACUCUAAUUCAUGAUUUAGCUGAAUGUAUUGUUGGAGAUAUAACACCCUUUUGUGGUGUUUCUCCUGAGGAAAAACAUAGACGAGAAGAUGCCGCAAUGGAAGAAAUCUGUCAACUUUUAGGCGAUAAAGGUCCAACUAUAUUACAAAUAUUUCGUGAAUAUGAAAAACAAGAGUCUCCAGAAGCUCAAUAUGUAAAAGAUUUGGACAGACUAGAUUUAAUUAUGCAAGCAUAUGAAUACGAGAAACGAGAUAAUAUCCCGGGUAAAUUAGAGGAAUUUUUUUCAUCAUCAGUAGGUAAAAUUAAACAUCCAUUCAUCAACAAAAUUGCAGAUGAAAUUAGCAGUAAAAGAAGUAUUUUAUUUUCUAAUUUAAGUAAAACAGAAUGACAACAUAGAUUAAAAUAUGAAUUUAAUUUUUAAACAUAUAGAUUUUAAUAUAUCAGGUAAGAUUUUGUUCUACAGUUUUAUUCGUUUAGAAACUGUACAUUUUACUAAUUUAUACAAAUAUUACGUAACAAUAAACGUAACUAUUAUUAUGUCCAGUUACUUAAAAUAUUUCACUUACUAAAAGCAUAAACGAAAAAACGUAGUAAAGAUUAAAGAGCAAAAAUAAAAAUAACAGUCUGUUAUUGUGUUAUUUAAAUAUUAAACGUUAAUGUUUAACCAAAGAUGUAAGAAUUGUAAUUUGAUAAAAAAGGAUUGUUUUAUUUAUAAAAAUAACAGUUAUAGUGAUGUUAAUUAUUUUAACUUUUGACUUAAGCACAUGUUGCUUUGUGAUUACAUAUACAUUGCUGUUAACACGCGACAACUAGGUGAAAUAAUUUGUAUACUAUAUGCGUAUAAAGUUCCAUUUAUCAUUUGAUAAACCAUUAAAAAAAUGAAACAAGGAAAUAGUAUUAUAAAGUUAUGCCUUAAUGCAGUGACAAGUAAAAUAUAUAUUUGUACAUAAGUUAUAUAUAUGCAAGAAAUAUUUCAAUUAAUAUACAAUUGUCACUGAGCGUAUCAAGAUAUAGUAUUUAAGUUUCAAUAUUUAAAUAUUUUAUCCUAACGGAUACAGAAACAAAAAUGAAUGAAGCAUAGUCAUGUAUGUGGAUCUAAUUAUAAUUUUAAAAUUUGGUAUUUAUUCAUGUUACUUAACAUAUGUAUACUAGAAUCACAUACGUGUACCUAAUAAAAGAAUUUCGGACUAA